UACAAUACACGAAUAGUUACUAUCAGACGUUCAAUCAAUGAUAUAGUAAAAAUUAGUCUUUCACCAGUACGAAUAAGACUUGGUUUUUAGUUUGAAACUUGUGCUUACCAUAUUAGCAGUUUUCUGAAAUUCCAUUUCAUUUUUGUCAUUGUUUCUUCAUUUUUUUGGAAGUUUUCUUACAGUUUGUUGGAAAAAAAAACUUUUUGUUUUUUCUCAAAUUGUUUAAUCCUAAUUUUUGCUAGUGUUUUAUCUUAAAAUUAAAACAAUUUAGUAAAAAAAAGUAAUCAUUACAAGUGGCCCUUUAUCUAUUUUAUAUCAAAAGUACCAAUUGCUGUUAAUCAAUUGCUUAAUCACUUCUUCGGGCCAGGAAGAUUCUAGAACAUUCGCGAUUAUGGGAUCUCGGCGAAUGGUUGACGAUGACAUCCACAAAGUCCUCAAGGGCCUUGAUGAUCGUCGGCAAAAUUUCCUGGGCCAGUUCGAGAUCUACAAAGAUGCGGCUGGCAGACGGGCCAAGUUGCUGCAAGACUCCAUGCAGUUCCAGGAGUUCAAGAGGGAUGCGGCGGAGCUGAGGGCGUGGAUGCAGGAGAAGCUAGACGUCCUGAAUGACACAUCCAAUAUAGAACCAGCUAAUGUGGAGGGUAAGUCACAGAAGGCAGAGGCACUGAAGGCGGAGUUGGAGGCCACCCGGAAGACCCUGGAUGCUCUGAAUAAGACUGGAGAAAACAUGCAGAACAAGGGCCACUUCGCUGCCGACAGCGUCCAGAAUAUUCUGGAAGAUUUGAAUCGACUCUACUUUGAACUGAUGCGCAAAAUGAAAGGCAGAGACGAAAUUCUGAAGGACACCAAAAACCUAUCAGACUUCUACACGAUGUGUGAUGAGAUCAUGGUGUGGGUGAACGAGAAAGAGGGACUGGUGAAGACUAUCAUGGAGGAGAUAGCAGCCAAUCCCUACAAAGUCAGCAUCCUAGACAAGAAACACAACGACUUCGAGAAGGAGCUUCUGAAUCACCAGCCUGAAAUAGACGACAUGCAUUUACGAGCCGAAUUCCUUGUGCAGAAAAUGCCUGUGGAAAAGGACGAAGUCGAAUCACGAAGAGGCGAAGUAGUUCACGGCAUGCAAAAACUACGCAACUUAUCAAUCGAGGCCAAAAAGAAGAUCGAAAGUGCCAGACAGAUCCAGAACUUUCUGAAAGAUUCGGACGAGAUGGUUGACUUUCUGAAGGAGAAAAAGGCUCAGACACCUCUGGAUAAUUUCGGAGAUGAAUUGGAGGAGACCAAAGCGCUGAUGAGACGACAUCAGAAUGUGGAGAGGGAUCUAGUCGCCAUCAGCGGAGGGGUGAACGAACUGUGUCACACAGCCGAUGUGUUGUCAUCCGAACAGCCCAACUUCGAGUCGGAAAUCCUGAUUCGGAAGGCCAAAAUAGAAGAUCAGUGGGACACCCUCAGAGACACUUCCGACGAACGAAGACGUAAGCUGAAGCUGCAAUUUGAUUGGUUCACACUUCUUUUCACCCAUGACUCAUGCGUUGAUUGGCUAAGGGACAAGACUAGAGAAGUGGAAGAUGAGUCAUUGCCGAGUAGUAGCCCAGAAGAAGCGCUGGAGUUAUUGAACAAUUUGCAAAAUGUUCACGCGCGUGAGUUUGCGACUGAGAAGAAUGAGAUUGUGAAGUGUACUGAUUUGGCCAAUCAGAUGCUGGAGGCAGAUCACCCUAACAAGGAUGAAAUCACCAAAAUGCGUGACAUGUUGAUCUCUAUGUGUGAUUCCCUGGAGCAGUUUCUGACAGAGAGAAAAGUCAAAUACCAACAGUGUGGGGACUAUCUUCAGCUGAAGUUAGACAUAGGGCAGUGCGAAGCAUCUCUCAAGAAGUUCGAUGCGGUUAUGGAGAGCGAAGACUUGGGGGACUUCGUAGAUGCCACAGAGGGACUCAUUCUGAAGUUGGAGUCCCACUUCCAGUCCAAAUUCGCCCCUCAGAAGGAGAUCGCAUUCCAGCUGUGCAAAAUAAGCAGCGAGAUGGUUGACAGUGAACACUAUGAAGCAGAAAAUAUCGAGCAACUGAGCAAUUCACUGUCGGAGUUGUGUGACCAGGUACAUGCCAGAUACAUCUCCCUCAGGAAGAGACUGGACUUCUCCCUGCAGUUCCACCUGUUCUCCAGAGAUGCAGACGAGUACCUCCGCUGGAUAGCCGACAGACUACGACUCAUCAAAAACGACCAGUCGUACAAGAGCCGUGGUGACUUGACUACAAGUGUGCAAUCUGUGAAGGCUAUGGAGGCUGAAGUGCACAUGUACGAGGAGAAGAUAGAACAGGUGUGCAAAUUGGGCAGAGAACUAGUAGACGAUGAGGGCGCCCAGAAUGACGACAUGUUAAAAACUGAACAUGAGAGUGUCCAGUCCAAACUGAACAGUCUUGAGGGCUACUUGCAGAAAUUGAAGGAUGAGAUGAAGGGGAGGGAGGAGAGAUUGAAGGAGGCUCUGGAAGGCCAGAGGUACUUCAGAAUGGCGGAGGAGUUGGAGUUGUGGAUGGCCACUACUGAGGCCAAACUGGCUGCCAGGGAACCCGGCAAGGAUAUGAAUUCGUGUCUGAAACUGAUGAAGAAACACGAACUGUUAGAAGAGGAUGUGAGACAACACAGAGACGCACUGGAGACCAUGUACACUCUGAGUAAGACAUUCUUCGAUGCCAACCACUUCGACAGGGACACCAUCAGAGCCAGACAGGACACACUCCAGAAGAGAUAUGUCAACCUCAAGGAGCCAAUGAGACUACACAAAGAGUGGCAGGAGGAUGCGCUGGAGCUGCACAAGUUCUACAGACAGGUGGAUGACACCCAGGCAUGGAUGAGGGAGAGGGAGCCACUCAUCGGAAACAUCACAAUAGGUCGCCAUUUCAUUGAUGCCGUGAAACUGAAGAAAAGACACAGUAAACUUCAGAAUGAGAUGGAGAAAUACAAACCGACUCUAACUGAAGUGAUGGACACAGCGGACGAACUGAUGCACAAUGACCACUUUGCAAAAGAAGCCAUCAAGAAGGAGAAGGAAAAUGUUUCGGAGAGGUGGAAGGUUCUGGAAACAGUGGCUGCGAAAAGAGAAAAAGACCUGGACAACAGCAUUAUGGCGCACGAGUACUUCCUGCAGGCGAAUGAGAGUGAGAACUGGAUCCGAGAGAGACAGAAGAAUCUGGACAGAAAAGUGGGCUUGCAGUGGCCCAAGAACAUAGACGCACUCAUUUCUGAGAGUAAACGAACCGAGAAACUCAUCGACGAAGUCGAACAUUACAAACCAAACAUCGAAGAGUUACACAACAAGGCACAGCAGUGUGAUGCAACACAGGAUGACGUCACAGACUCCAUUGACCAGACUCUUGACGAGGUUGCGGAGGUGCAUGUGAGGAGGGCGAUUGUAGUUAUUCCUUACCAGACGGAUGCGCCGAGACAUCUGUCGGUGGAAUCGAGGGAAUUGGUGACAAUUUUGGACACUUUUCCAGAUAAUCUAUUCAAAGUGCAAAAUGAAGAAGGCUACAGUGGCCUUGUGCCUGGAGACCACUUGAAAGAGGAAACUCCAGGAGAUCGCUUGAGCAAGAGUAGUUCACGUGAGCUACUCAUUGACUUGGACCGAUCAGUGAUGGACAAGCAGGCGAACAUAGAGAGGAUGUAUGAGAGGGUGCUGGGGGAGUUGAAAAUUAGGGAGAAGAAGUUGGCGGACAGGUUGAAGAUGAGCAGACUGGUCAGUCAGGCCGCGUCACUCAACAACUGGCUUGGCACUAAGCACGACAAGAAAGUGGUGCACGACGACCUGGACCACGAUGACGAGAACCAGAUAAACAAAGCGCUGAAAAAGGCCGGAAAUUUCGUCAAGAAACUGGACGGGCACAAGAAUUCAAUCGGAACCAUCGGCGAGGAGAUGCUCAAGCUCGGAGCAGACGACCCCGAAUUGCAAUCGGAGGUGAUAGAGAAUGUAUACCAGGUGAAAAGACUGGAGAGCACAGCUGGAGAUCUGCUGGACAAGUUCGCCAGCGAGACUGCUAAUUUGGAGAACGCACAUGAAGUCAAACAGUAUUUGAGAGACUGUGACGAGUUGAUUGAGAGAGUGACUGACAAAGACAACUCUCUAGUGGCUGGCUACUUUGGCAGUGACUCCAAUGGGAACAGCAUUCUGGCCAAGAAACACGCCGCAUUCCAGAACGACAUCAACUCAUUUGUGGAAGCUGCCAAAGAACUGGAGAGCAAAUCUGGAUAUCUGUCCAACAUCCACCCCGAGAGUAGGCCAGACAUAGACAAGAAGUUGGACGAGAUAGCGGAGAAGAUCAACUCUCUGCAGAACAAAGCGGACGACCACGAGAGGCGGCUAGGGGAGAUGGGGGACUUCUUCAGAUUUGAGGAAGAGUUCAAAGAUGCCACUCAGUGGAUAGACGGCAUGAAUGAGAUGCUGGAGGGGGAUCUUCCGAAUGACGUGAACUCGGCCCACGCCCACUUGGAUCGCCAUCAGGACCUCAUGCACGAGAUGGAUGCGAGGACUCCUCAGAUCCAGCGCAUCUCAGGGUAUCUGAAGGUACUCAAACACCACCCACAGUACCUGGACAUCAAACAGAGGGUGGAGAGUAUCGAUUAUGGACUCACUGAUUUGCACAAUAAGUAUGGCGAGAGGGAGGAGUUGCUGGAGAAGAAUGUGGAGUUCCAGGUUAUGCAGAAGGAGUUCAACACCAACCAGCAGUGGAUGCAGGACAGGGAAAACAGGCUGGAAGAGCAAUUGAGGACCUGGACGAGAUGCAGAACUGGAUAGACAUGCGAGUGCCAACUGCAGAAGCAGACAACUCCUCACUCCAACAUCAGCCAAGUCACGUCCAGCGGAAGUUCGAGAAGCAGAAAGCGUUUGACGCCGAAAUCGAAGCAAACAAAGACAGAGUCCAGUCAUUCGAGGAACUCGUUAACGUGAAACUAGACAGCAAAAAGACGACAGAAGAGCAGAAGCAAAUUCUGCAGGAGAAAAUGCGAAAAGUGAGCGAGAGCUUCCGACACUUGGUCACUAUCACAGUUAUCAAAACUUCCCGACUAAAAGAAGCGAACCGUCAACGUCUCUACUAUACGGCAUAUGAAGACUUCAAAUUCUGGCUCAGUUCGGUUGAAGCUCAGUUCGGCGAUACGAGCUUCGGCAAUGACUUGGCCACAGUGACUAACCAGAAGAAGAGACACACUUACUUUGAAGAGGAUGUGAGGUUGCACGAGGAGUUAUUGCUCGAUUUGAACAAACUAGCCGACGAAUGCAUCUUAGCCGAACAAUUUGAUCCGAAAGAGAUUGAGCAAAGACGAGAAGAUGUUAAUAGUCGAUUUGAGGAGGUGAAAACUUUCACUGCCGACCGAAGGAAGACUUUGGAUGAGGCUUACAACUUCUUCAAACUACUCUCUGACAUCGCAAUGGAAGAAAGUUGGAUUUCAGAAAAGAGCAAUGUGCUUGCGAAGAGUACAGACUUCGGCCAGAACUUGCCAGGGGUGGAGAACCUAAUCAAACGCCACAAGAGACUCAAACUGGAGAUGGAAAACCACUCCAAGGUCGCACAGGCACUGAAGCCGAUACUCGAAGAUAUUGUGGUGAACGAUCUGAUUGGCUCUAAGAUGGCCCAAUCACGCUACUCUGCUCUGAUGAGUCAAUGGGAAGAGUUCUGCAAGAAGGAACAGAAACGCGAUAACUUGCUGUCGGAGUCGCGUCUGUUCCACGAGCUGAUUCGAGACGUAGAUGAAUUGAGAAUGUGGAUUAGUGAAAAAACGCAGUUGAUGCAACAGGAUGACUAUGGCGAUAACUUGGCGAGUGUGGCUGGUCUGAAGAAGAAACACGAGGCUCUGAAGAAGGACAUUGCAGAUCACGAGGAGAAGGGGUCCAUGCUGCAGAUGAGAGCAGACAAACUCAUUCAAGAGGGCAACCUGAGCAAGGACAACCUGAAGAACUCCAUUGACCAGUUGUGGAGUGACUUCAAAUCCCUGCACAAGUUGUGGGCCCGGAGGAACGUCAGUCUCCAGGAGAACUCCGCCUACCUCCAGUUCAUAUGGAAAACAGACGUCAUCGACUCAUGGAUCAACGACAAAAAAUUGCUGAUUGAGAGUGACGAGGUGUGGAGAGAUCCGAUUAGGACAAUGGGUGACGUCAUAGUCCUCAUCCACCGACACGAGACAUUCAACAGGUCCCUUGCCACCUUCGCCCAGGACAACAUUCGGCUAAUCAAAGAGUUGCACAACAAAGUUAUGAGUUCGAAUGGAGUGGUGAAUGGGACAAGUGUGGAUUCGGAACUGCGGGGGCUGGGAUUUGACUUCGAAGGGGUCAUCACUCCCAGGAACAGAGAGAGAAUGUCACACAGCUUUAAGACCAUCAUGGACAGAUGGGACAGCCUGAACACGAAGAGUGGGUCCAGAGGGAAAGAGCUGGAGGAGAGGCGGGACUUCUACCAGGCCAUAGAGGACAAGUUCCUCCUCUUCGCCAAGAAGGCCUGCAACUUCAACUCCUGGUUCGAGAACUCCGAGGAGGACUUGAGAGAGCCUCCAAGGUGUCACUCCAUCGAAGAGAUCAAGGCUUUGAUGGCAGGUCACACUGAAUUCCUAGAAUCGCUGGAAGACGCCAAAAAUGAACUGGAAGACCUGGUCCAGCUGGACAAGGACAUCAACGAGGAAGGGAGACAAGCCAACCCAUACACCUGGUUCACAAUUGAGGCCAUACAUGAGACAUGGAUUAAUUUACUCAAAAGGGUGCAAAUCAGGAAGAAUGAGUUGGAGGGUGAGUUGGAGAAACAGGAGACGAAGGAGGAUGUGAGGAAGCAGUUUGCGAGGGAGGCCAACACAUUCCACCAGUGGGUCACUCACGCCAGACACAGUAUUAUGGGACCCACCAGUGGAGAGAUAGGGGGCAAAGGGGGUGGAAGUGUUGACUCGAUAGAACAGCAAUUGGACGACAUCAAACAGCUAAGCUACGAUGUGAAGAAACAAAAAUCCAAACUGAAAGCAAUCGAAGAACUCGGUCUGAGGAUGAAGGACCAACUGAUCCUGGACAACAGGUACACAGAGCACAACACACUCGCACUGGCUCAGGAGUGGGAACAGCUGGACCAUCUCUGCCAGAGUAUGCAGAGAAAUCUGGAGUUGCAGAAGAACGCAAAGGAGAGUGCUGGAGUGAAGGAGUCUACACUGAUGGACUUCACGAAGAUGUUCCGCCACUACGACUCCAACAGGGUGGGCAUGCUCGACCACGACGACCUCAAGGCUUGUCUCAGGGCACUAGGGUAUGAUCUGCCGAUGUUGGAAGAGGGACAGAUGGAUGCAGACUUCGAACUCAUUUUGGACUUCGUCGACCGAGAAAGAAAGGGCUACGUGACUCUUCAAGACUACACCGACUUCCUCAUCAUGAAAGAGACUGACGUGGUAAAUAAUAGGGAGGAAGUGCUGGAUGCAUUCGCCACUCUGGACACUGAGGCUCACAACUACCUCACAAUCUCCGAACUCACCCAGCACCUGGAUAAAGAAACAGCCGACUACUGCAUAAAACACAUGAAGCCAUUCAUAGAUAAGAACGGGUGUCUAGUCGAAAACAGCCGAGACUACGCCGAGUUCUGUGAACGAGUUUUCUCCAGAUGAUCAAAAAACUGAUUUGAAAACAAGUUUUAUUGAAACUGAAUUUGAUUUUUGUAUAUUUUGUACUCUAUUUGUAAAUACGCUUUAUGAAAACAGAAGUAUUUCAAUUGUUUCGGGUAAAA